CAACCCCCUAUACCAGGAGUGUCCAACCUUGGGAACUUGAAAACCUGUGGACUUCAACACCCAGAAUCCCUCAGCCAGCCGUGUGAACUGGGGAUUAAAGGCAUACAUAUCAGCCUACCACCCCCUGGUGGCUCCCAGGUGGGAGGAAGAGAAACGAGACGACAACGGCGUCAAAUGGCACCAGUUGCACCACAGGGGACCCUAUUUGGCACCACCUUACCAGCCUCUGCCCAGCUCCGUCAAGUUCUACUACAACGGCCUGUGAAGCUAAGCCGGGCCGCCGAGGAAGUGGCGACGUUUUUCGCCAAGAUGCUGGACCACGACUACGCACGCAAGAAGAUUUUCCGGGAUAACUUUUUCUGUGACUGGACGCAGGUGAUGACUCCGCAGGAAAGGAAGAAAAUCAAAGACCUUAAGAAAUGUGAUUUCAGCGACAUCCACGAUUACUUCCUGGAAAAGCAAGAAGCCCAGAAGGCGCUCUCUAAGGAGGAGAAACAGAGGUUGAAAGAGGAGGCCGACAGGAUCCAAGAGGAAUACGGCUACUGCGUCAUCGAUGGCCAUCGGGAGAAGAUCGGCAACUUCAAGACCGAGCCGCCAGGCCUAUUCCGGGGCCGAGGGGAUCACCCCAAACUGGGGAUGCUGAAGAAGAGGAUCAUGCCGGAAGACAUCGUCAUCAAUUGUAGCCAGUGGGUCUCGAAUUGCGUAACGAGAGAUUCAAAGGUGCCCCGGCCUCCGCGAGGUCACAAGUGGAAAGAAGUCAGGUGCGACAAGACAGUCACCUGGUUGGCCUCGUGGACGGAGAACAUCCAGGGCUCCAUCAAGUACAUCAUGCUGAACCCGAGUUCCAGGCUGAAGGGCGAGAAAGACUGGCAGAAAUACGAGGUGGCUCGUUGCUUGAAGAAGGUGGUCCACCGGAUCCGCUGCCAGUACCGGGCAGACUGGAAGUGCAAGGAGCCGAAGAAGCGACAAAUCUCCGUCGCGCUCUAUUUCAUCGAUAAGCUGGCCCUGAGGGCGGGGAACGAGAAGGAGGAAGGGGAGACGGCCGACACGGUGGGCUGCUGCUCUUUGCGAGUGGAGCACGUCGCGCUGCACCUGCGGCAGGGCGGCAAGGAGAACGUGGUGGAGUUUGACUUCCUGGGCAAGGACUGCAUCCGCUACUACAACAAGGUGCCCGUGGAGAAGCAGGUGUUCAAGAACUUGGAGUUGUUCAUGGAGGAUAAAGAACCUGGAGACAAGCUGUUUGAUAAGCUCUCUACAGCAACGCUGAACAAACAUCUCCAGGACCUGAUGGUUGGGUUGACGGCGAAGGUCUUCCGGACUUACAACGCAUCCAUCACGCUGCAGGAGCAGCUCGAAGCCCUGACCCAUGAGAAGGACACCCUGGCGGCUAAGCUCCUCUCCUACAACCGAGCCAACCGAGCUGUGGCCCUCCUGUGCAACCAUCAGCGGGCAACUCCCAAGACCUACGAGAAGUCCAUGAAGAACCUCCAGGCCAAGAUAAAUGCCAAAAAGGAUCAGCUGGCUGAUGCAAAAGCCGGCCUGCGAAAGGCCAGGGUGGAACACAAGUGUAAGAAGGUGGCAAAGUCAAAAGCUGCCGUGGAGAAGAAAAAAAAACUGGUGCAGAAGAUCGAAGAGCAGCUGGCGAAGCUGAAGUUUCAGGCCACCGACAAAGAGGAAAACAAGCAGAUCGCCCUGGGCACCUCUAAGUUGAAUUACCUGGACCCCCGCAUCACCGUGGCCUGGUGCAAACGAUUUGACGUGCCCAUCGAGAAGAUUUACAACAAAACUCAGCGGGCGAAGUUUGCGUGGGCCAUCGCGAUGGCCGACGAAGAUUUUGUAUUCUAAAAGGACCUCGGCGAUUCCCAGCUAGUUGCGGGUCGCUCGUCGGCAUGCGUUGUUUGUCCCUUUGCUAGCCCAGAGGGCCUUUUUGCACACAAAAUACAUCUACAGGAGAAUGGGGGGAGCCCGUUGUGUCUUCUUUUGUAUGAAAGGGGAGGCCUCCCCGUUGUAUUUAUUGAUGAGUGGUGUUGGUCCUCCAGCUUGGUCUGUGAGGACGGUGGAGGGCUCACAAAAACAGUUCUGGAACAGGAUCGGGCAGCCUUCUCCUGGCCUUCUAGAUUUCUCGGGGAUGCUCGUGGUAUGAGGAACCCCAAUUGUCUUGAAUUGAACCCUUCAACUGUCUUGAAUUGAACCCUUCAGCUUCUUUCCCAAAGACUCUUAGGAAAACGUUGUGUUGUAAAACUCAAUUUCUUGAGUUCUUGUUCACUACUGUUCAGUGAAGCCCAGUUCUUUUUCUUGACGUCCUUGAGAUGUGGUGGAUCACCAACGCAAGAGACCGUAGCUAAAGAUCCUCAGAACAAUUCCUUAUAUCUAAAGGACCUCUAAUUCAGGGAAAGAUGUACCCCCAUCAACGUUCCCUUGGCCCUUUCAGUGUUGUCCUCUAAUACUUUGAGGAGAUACAUGGAACCCGGGAAGAAAAGAGACCCUUCGUGUGCCAUUUAGUGCAUUUCCUAACCAACUGGGACAUCCUCCUUUGUGUGGUGCUCCUGGCCACCUUAAUUCCUCAUCCUUUAGUGGGGAAUCUCAAAUAUUAGCUAGAACAGUGGUUUUCAACCUUUUUAAUGCCGCGACCCCCAACCGGUCGUAGGUCGAGGACUACUCAACCGAUCGUAAGUCGAGGACUACUCAACUGGUGCAGCACCGUUUGCAGAAUGGGGCUU